UUAAUUAAUAGUUACCACCACAGAGCCACUCUUACAGUUCUCAAGUAAAAUUUGCUCUCUUAAUGCUCGCUAAGUCUUCGAAGACUUGAUAGGUUUUACUUUAACAUGAAAUUCAAGUAAGCAAAAAAUGACCAAAUGAAGGACCAUUGGGGUGACACUGCUGGAUUCCAUGAGUCAAUCCAAUCCUUAAAAUACAUAAAAUUGAGGAAGCAAAUAUAUUCUGUGGUUUGUUAUUUGUUUCUCGGCAACCCACAUAUCAAGGCACAUUUGCAUGUUUUUAAAGAUGAUUGUUACUAUUAUCAAUGUGCAUAUGUAUGUGUGAGUGAAGGAAGAAGCCAGAUGAGUCAGGUCCCUAGGGUGCAGUUGUGAGCCGCUCCACCCACAUUUGCCCUUUUAAAUAGAACACUCUGGUGGGUAUCCGAUUUAUAGAGGUGUUUGUUGGACAUUUAUUAGGAGAAAGGAAGAAAUGUGAAAUUGGGCUCAGAAGAAGGGAGAAGGGUUGGCUCAUUGUUUGUCUGAGUUUGUAUAAAGUAUUAAUCCUAUUCUUAAAGUUAGAGGUAGAUCCCAGUGUAAAGGGCAGAGCACUAGCUUGGAAAGUUCUGGAGUCUCAAGGCAGCUUUCUGUCUCUAUGUACUUGGUACUGCUUUGUGAGUUACAGCUCUUUCUAAUUUGUGUCUGGAAAAAAAAAUCAAACUUGAGUGACAUUUGCAAAAAUAGGUGAUCUGACCUUGGAGUGGCAAACCUGUAAUUCCUGAACUUGGGAAACAGGAGGAUUGCCAUGACCUUGAAGCCAGCCUCCACUAUACAGUGAAUUCCAGGCCAGCCAGAGUUACAUAACCUAGUAAGACUCUUCCAAACAAAACAGAUCACUGGACCCCUAUGUACUCCCUGACUGGAGUCCCCAAAUGUUAACGUUUUGCCAAAUUGACUAGUCUAUUACCAUUAAUUUUAAAGCUUGUGAGUAGAUUGUAGACAUCAUUUUACCCCAAACACAUUAGCAUACAUUUACCAAAAUUAAAGACAUUCUGCUACCUAGUUAUAGGGCAGUAAUCAAGUUCAAGAGCCAAACACUGGUAUAUCUAAUGUAUGCUCCAUAUUAAAAGCGUUUAGAUUACCAAUGCUUUUUUGUAGUGACUCCCAGGCACCCAAAGUCAAGAGCAUUCAUGACUUGUAGGUGCAAAAUGGUUUGCCCUCCAAACAUCACUUCCCCUGAAGUAGAGGGUCGUCUUUGGAUUCUCCUGUAUGCUCUCUGUUAGAGAAUAAAUGGACAUUGGGAAUGCCUAACAGGUCAUUGGUUGAAAAAAAAUGGCACAGAGAUAACCUUGUUUUGAAUUUUUAAAACUUUGGCUGGGUUUUGGUGCCUUGAUUCAGCAAAGUCUACAAUACAGCUGGGUGGGUGAGCAUUAGACAGGCAAUGAAGCCUUCCUUUAUUUUAUAAUCCCAAUUGCUUUUCUAGCAAACAUCAAUAGACUGUAAAUGACUGAGUCAAAUUUUGGAUCCAAUUCUCAUGACUAAGCAAAUGUUUGUUGUGGAACCAGCCUGGUAUAAAUGUCCCUGUGCCUGGAGCUUUGGAGCUACUCUGGAUUUCUUUCAGUAGUGCGGACUCAACCUCUGCGCUUACGAUGUCUAAAACUGGAGCCAAGAUUAGUUUCUUUGAAGACAAAAACUUCCAAGGCCGCCGCUAUGAUUGCGACUGUGACUGUGCCGACUUCUACUCUUACCUAAGUCGCUGCAACUCCAUUCGAGUAGAAGGAGGCACCUGGGCCGUGUAUGAGAGGCCCAACUUCGCUGGGCACAUGUACAUCCUACCUCAGGGCGAGUAUCCUGAGUACCAACGUUGGAUGGGCCUCAACGACCGCCUGGGCUCUUGCAGAGCUAUUCAUCUGUCCAGCGGAGGCCAGUAUAAGAUUCAGAUCUUUGAAAAGGGUGAUUUUAGUGGCCAGAUGUAUGAAACCACAGAAGACUGCCCUUCCACCAUGGAGCAAUUUCACAUGCGAGAGAUCCACUCCUGUAAGGUACUAGAAGGCGCCUGGAUUUUCCAUGAGCUACCCAACUACCAUGGUAGACAGUAUCUUCUGGACAAGAAGGAGUACCGGAAGCCCAUCGACUGGGGUGCAACAUCCCCUGCUGUCCAGUCACUCCGCCGCAUUGUAGAGUGAUGACAUGAAUGGGCCAUAGAGUUCUCCCCAGGGGGCUGAAUUCUGGCUGGCUUGUGGUCCAAAUAGGCAUCAUAAAUAAAAGAAUUGGAAUGCAUCCCA